GUGAGUCAGUCCACAACCAAAACAAGUCUUUUACAUUCUUCACUAUCAAAGCUUUCGUUUGUUCUGCAAGCUCUUUCUAAACUUCACAGAGAGAGAGAGAGAUUUACAUACACAACAAUGGGUUUCCGUCUGCCUCGUAUUGUUCAUGCUAAGCAAAUUCUUCGACUGCCUUCUUUCACAACAAAUCAAGCAGAUUCUAUGGUUCUAAAUGUCCCAAAAGGCUACAUUGCAGUUUAUGUUGGUGAGAGUGAAAAGAAGCGAUUCAUGGUUCCAAUAUUAUACUUGAAUCAGCCUUCAUUUCAGGACUUGUUAAGUCAAGCUGAGGAAGAAUUUGGUUUUGACCAUCCAAUGGGUGGUCUCACAAUUCCCUGCAAAGAGGACAUCUUCAUUGGUAUCACUUCUCGGCUGAGCAGACCAUGAGACAACUCUAUGCAUGCACACACAUUUUUGUAAAUCAGGAGUCAUCAUUUCCAUUUACAAAUUUCAAUUUUGUACUCUUUUUUUUUUUUUCAGAGAAGAAAUUGGGACUGAAAAAAAUGGCCCCUUGUUUCAAAAUAUUAUAAAGUGCAGAUCAUACUAUUCUUAGACAAUUUCAAAAGCAAAUACAUUGUCUCAAGUACAUUUUCACA